AUGUUUCAAAAUUUAAGGGUAUCGGCACUACCCGUUGUCGAUAAAUCAAAGCGUUUAAAAGAUGUUUACUCAAAAUUUGAUGUCAUGCAUUUAGCGGCUACACGUACUUACACAAAUUUGGAUACACCAUUAGAAUUGGCAUUGAAUACAAUUCAUGAUAAAGAAACAAGACAACUAGCAACAUGUAAAAAAAGUGACCAGUUAUUUGAAAUCAUGGAUAGAUUUGUUACAAGAGAGGUUCAUCGGCUAAUAGUGGUCGAUGAUGAUUAUCACAUUGUUGGAGUUCUUUCAAUGUCUGACUUGAUGAAAUUUCUUGUUACUACAUUUGAAGGUGAGCUGAGUCGAAGAACAUGCAAUGAAAAAAAUUUUCAUUAUUAA